AAUCGAUUUUUCCUUUACGAAAAGAACAAAGUUGAAGAAAAUGUCUGCUCUUGAUGCCAAAAAAAUAGCCGAAGCUGAGGCUUUAAUGGGCCAAGUCGAUAGUGCCCCGGAUGAGUAUGCUAAAGCUGGUAUGUAUUUCAAGGCUGCAACUGCAUAUCGAUUGGCCAAAAGCUCGGAUAAGAGCAAGGAUUGUUUUUUGAAGGCCAUCGACUGUUACGAAAACAACAAGUCGUGGUUCCACGCUGCCAAAUCAUACGAGCAGAUUAUUUUGCUGGCCAAAGAAAACGGAACUCUGUCCGAAGUUGAGGAAUAUGCAAAUAGGGCUUGCAGUCUCUAUCAGCAACAUGGUUCACCGGAAGCAGCUGCUGCAGCACUGGAUAAAGCCGCCAAAAUGACGGAAUCCAAACAUCCUGAAUUGGCAUUGGAAUUCUACAAGCGGGCUCUGGCCGUCGUAUUAAUUGGAGAUGCCACCCAUCAAGCAUCUGAAUUCGCAUCGAAAGUGUCAAGAAUAUUGGUGAAACUCAAGAGAUACGAAGAAGCGAGCAAGGCUCUUAAAAAGGAGAUAAGCCUAAACCUUCAAACAAAAUCUUAUGGACAAGUUGGUCGCUUAGUCGUGGCCUUGGUACUAGUGCAAUUAGCAUAUGGAGAUCUCGCAGAUGCCAAAAAGACAUUCAAAAAAUGGGGAAAUCGUUGCGAGCACCAAGAAGUGUCCACAUUGCAAAAACUAUUACAAGCUUUUGAUGAUGGGGACCAAGAACUAGCUGCCAAGGUGCUGGCGUCCCCAUUUAUCAGACAUAUGGAUGUGGAGUACGCCCUUUUAUCGAAGAAUAUUUCCAUGCCACAAUGUAUACAAAAUGGAAUUUAAGUGGAGAAGAAAGCAAUCAAUACUGGAAAUUAAGCAUAUCUUGUUUUCUAUGGUGUGCAUAGUAGUCAUUUGUAUUUAUUGUUCC